AUGGCACAAUCCAACUCCCUGUUGGACACGCUGAGGUCCGAGAGCCAAGUCGACUUUGCCAAAGAGCUGGGUCCCUUUGUCGAUCACACCUCUAACCAGGCAAUCGCCUAUGGCGAGCUCACCAAGACCACCGCAGAUGGCAAGCUGUACCACGACCAACUCAUACGGGACUCCGUAAAGGAUGCUCAGGGCUGGGCCCAUGCGGCCUGGCCAGAUAUUGACCCGAUUCUUCUCGCAGUCGAGAUUAUGACCAACACGGACUGGUCCUAUUCGGUCGAGAAAACUGUCAAGAAUGCUGAGAGAAUCGUUGAGACCUUCAAGAAGGUGGAGCCCACUUUCGACGUGAAGCGUGUCUGCAUCAAGAUUCCGUCCACCUACGAAGGCAUUGCUGCUUGCAGAAUCCUUGAGAACAAGGGAAUUGCAACACUGGCGACGACAAUGUUUUGCAUGGAGCAAGCGGCCCUGGCUGCCGAUGCCGGCUGCACGUACAUUGCGCCGUAUGUGAACGAACUGAAGGUCCACUUCGUCCCUGGUUACGUGGACGAGAACAAGGCUUUCAACUUCUGCAGACAGGCGCAGACUUACUAUGUCGAGACAAAGGCCAAGACCCAGGUCCUGGCAGCUAGUCUGACCACAGUUCCCGAGGUGAUGCAGUUGGCCGGCAUCCAGCACGUCACCGUCUCGCCGCCGCUGCUCCGGGCUCUUGCGGCAGCGCCGUCCUCAACAUGGACGGAGAAGGUCGGUGGCUAUUUCGCAGACGGGCCAGACGAGCGCUGGAUCAAGGACUUCCAGGCUGCCUUGAAGGACGAGAGCGAGUGGCGGUUUGCUUUCACUCGUAGCGGCAACGGCAGGUAUGAGGAGAAGCUUAUUCAGGCUAUUAAUAUCUUCUCUGAGAAGCAGCAGAGCCUGGAGGAGCUGGCGCGAAGCUAUCUGUAG